GGGUCUGGGAAAUCUUCCCCUGGAGUCCAGGAGGAGCCUGUCCACGCACACGGGGGUCAGGCGGGCGGGUGCGCGCGCGUUCACGCUCUCUCGGGGUGGUCGCGCGAAGGAAACCUUUCCUCACCUGCGCUUCUAUCUCCUGCCGUCACCCCCAGCCUUCCUCCGACCCCGGGACGCCGGGGAGCCCGGCGCGCGGCGGGGGCGCGAGGUGGAGCGGGCGGGGGCGGCCAAUGCGAAACUGGCUGGUGCUGCUUUGCCCGUGUCUGCUCGGGGCCGCGCUGCACCUCUGGCUGCGGCUGCGCUCCCCGCCGCCCGCCUGCGCCUCCUCCUCCUCCGGGGCCGGCCCCGCAGAUCAGCUGGCUUUAUUUCCUCAGUGGAAAUCAAGACAUUAUGAUGUGGUAGUUGGUGUGCUGUCAGCUCGAAGUAAUCAUGAACUACGAAAUGUAAUCAGGAGCACCUGGUUGAAGCACUUGAAACAGCAUUCAGAAUUAAGUCAACGUGUGCUUGUGAAGUUCAUAAUAGGUGCUCGUGGCUGUAAUGUACCUGUGGAAGAUCGAGAAGACCCUUAUUCCUGCAAACUGCUGAACAUCACUAAUCCCAUUUUAAAUCAGGAAAUCGAGGCAUUCAGUCUUCCUGAAGGAACAGCAUCCGGGUUCUCUGAGGAUCAAGUUGUCAGUGUGAGCUUUCGAGUUCUCUACCCAAUUGUCAUUACUAGUCUUGGAGUCUUCUAUGAUGCUGGUGAUGUGGGUUUCCAGAGGAAUAUUACUGUCAAAGUGUAUCAAGCAGAACAGGAGGAAGCUCUCCUUAGUGCUCGUUUCAGUCCCCCAAGCUGUGGAGUACAAGUCAACAGACUGUGGUACAAACCAGUGGAGCAGUUCAUUUUGCCAGAGAGCUUUGAAGGCACAAUUGUGUGGGAGAGCCAGGAUCUUCAAGGCCUCGUGUCUAGGAAUCUUCACAAAGUAACAGUGAAUGAUGGAGGGGGAGUUCUUAGAAUCAUUACAGCUGGUGAGGGAGCAUUGCCUUAUGAAUUCAUGGAAGGUGUAGAGGGAGUAGCAGGAGGCUUUAUUUAUACAAUUCAGGAAGGUGACACCCUUUUACAAAACCUUCAAACUCGCCCAGAAAGGUUUAUUGAUCAUAUCAAUAACCUCCAUAAGGAGGACGCCUUACUGAAGAAAGAGAGCAACACCUUUGAUGACAUCGUUUUUGUGGACAUUGUUGACACCUACCGAAAUGUUCCUGCAAAAUUACUGAACUUCUAUAGGUGGACCGUGGACACAACUAGCUUUGAUUUGUUGCUGAAGACAGAUGAUGAUUGCUACAUAGAUUUAGAAGCUGUGUUUAAUAGGAUUGCCCAUAAAAAUCUGGACAGACCAAAUUCUUGGUGGGGAAAUUUCAGACUGAAUUGGGCAGUUGACCGAACGGGAAAGUGGCAAGAGUUAGAGUACCCGAGCCCUGCUUAUCCUGCCUUUGCAUGUGGGUCGGGUUACGUUAUCUCCAAAGAUAUUGUUCACUGGUUAGCAAGCAACUCGGAAAGACUAAAGACAUAUCAGGGUGAAGAUGUGAGCAUGGGCAUUUGGAUGGCAGCGAUAGGGCCUAAGAGAUAUCAGGAUAGUCUCUGGUUGUGUGAGAAGACGUGUGAAACUGGGAUGCUCUCUUCCCCUCAGUAUUCUCCACAAGAAUUGAAAGAACUGUGGAGACUGAAGGAAGCCUGUGGGGAUCCUUGUAAGUGUGAGGCAAGAUGAUAAUCACUUAAACCUGGCAGUAUGAAGAUCUGGAGUGAAGACAACAUGAAGGAAGAUCUAUGAGGAAAACUUGAGGUUACGCUGCGGAAACCAGAUUUCUUUCAAGGGGCAUUAUGUUGGUGCUUUCACUAUAACUGAUGGAAUAUUCCUUGAUAUUUGCAUAGAAGUUCCCCUUUUAAAAUUAGCAUAUUCUGAAAUGAAACAUUAACUUUUUCUAUGUCUAAGCAGUUUUGAAAAUACCGUAUCAUAAAAGGGGAAAAGACCUUUUAUUUAAAAAAAAAAAAAAAAAAAAAAAGCUUGUUCACUUACAGUUUAAUAAUAUCUGUCCAUCACUUAGGGUUGUGUCUUGGCUAAAUGCUGAAAUGAAUUGUAAUGGCUAAAGCAGCAAAUGAAGAGGGAGUUUCAAGGGGAAACAAGCAGUUUCUCAGUAGGGAGGUUUGCUUGCCUGCUCUGGGCAGAAGUGCUGGCAUUCGUUGCUUGUGAUUAUUGAACAGUAAGUACAGAUCUAGCAGGUAGCCAUAGAGGGGAGUUUGCCCCAUUUUGGACCCUUGUUUUUAAAAGUAUGUCUCUCAUCUCAGUGGUUCCCCAAGUUUGUGGCCUCUCUAGUUUGACAGGCAGACAAUACUGGGUGCUAAUUCGGUGGGCUUCUGUUGAUAAGGGCUAUGAAAUGUCCCUAUUAAGGAAAAUCUUCCAUAUCAGUCAAAAGCAAAAUACUCCUCAGGGUUUUGGUGAUAAUAGGGAAGUAAUUUUCUAAAGAAUAAGUCAGUGCCCUAAAAGAAUAACCUCACUUUUCUAUUUCCUGGGAGUAUUUAUAUCAUCAUGGCUUACCUCAGGCCUAAUAUUUACAUAAAAUUGAGGCAAUAUCUAGAACUGAAUUUAGUCAUAUUUGAACUUCCAUGAAGAUGACACUCUGAACUUAGGUCUAGGCUCAACCCCAAAUAAAAAGCAUGACUUUUUUUUCAGUGCCCUAAAAAUAGUACAACAGAAGGGAUAUAGCAACAUUAAUUUGAUUAGCAAAAUAGUGGAAGAUGUGCCUCCCCCCAUUUUAAGUGGCCUUUUCCUUAGUUGUAGAUCAUAAUCACAUAGUAUCAGUAAGUAUUCAUAGUGAGGUUUGUUAGGGGGAAAAUGCAGAAUGCUUAUUGUAGUCAGACAGUAAUUUUUUCAGACAUUAGUCAAGAUAGUUUUAACAUUUAGGUUUUC